CCGGAACGUUUUUUCAGCUGCUGCUUUCAGACGGACAGGACGCGGGCUGGGCGCUGUUGCUACAGGCAGCGCUUAGCGUUGUUUUUACUGCACGCCUGUGGAUACUUUCGCAUUUUAACAUCUUUAUAACUAUUAACAGCCGUUUUUACACAGGGGAACUUUACACCAGCAGCACACAGAGCUCAGAAACAGCUGUUUCUGGAUAAAACGCGAAAUGUAGUUAGCUGUUAGCUAAGCUAACGACCGUUAAUUAGCCGGAGUUCAGCCGCAGCAGCGGAGCGGAGAGAAGCCGAGCAGAUUACUGACCAAAAAAAGCAGCUGUUUGGGACUUUUAUCCUGAAAUAUAGGACCGAGGAGCUGUACAGAAACAAAUAACCUACAGCCACAAGAACAACGUCAGCUAAACUGGAUUAUAACGGCUUAUAAACAACGUUUGGACUGUUUAUUUAAUAACUAACUAGUCAAGAAUUUUAGACAAAAUCGGAGAAGAGCCUGAAUUUUAUCCAAGAGAGAGAGAGGACAUCUGAAGAACAUCAAACAAGCUGGACUACAGUCUAAAACAAUGUUUAAUACAGCUUGUUUAACACUAUGUUGGACAAUUCAUGAGAGAAACACAAAUUUUACUGCUGAAACCUCUCUUUAUUUUAUAUCUAUCUGAGCUACAAGGACCUCAUUCAGCUGAAGUGUGCCAUUGUCCAAGUUUAGAUUAAUGGAUAAAGGAUGAAUAGGCAUCUAAAAACAUCAAACAAGCUGGACUACAGUCUCUAAAACAAGGCAUAUGGCUGCUAUUUAAUGAGAGAAACACUCAUUAUACUGCAGAAAACUGUCUUUAUUGGACUAGGACCACAUUCAGCUGAAGGGUACAGUUUUUGAGAUUCCAAGCCUGGAAAUAAUGGAGAAAGAACUAAAAGGCAUCUGAAGAACAUCAAACAAGCUGGACUACAGUCUAAAACAAAGCAUAUGACUGCUUUUUCAUGAGAGUAACGCUCAUUAUACUGCAGCAAAUUGUCUUUAUUUGAUAUCUAUCUGAGCUCCAUGGACCACAUUUGGCUGAAGAGUCCAAUUUAGUCUGGAUUAGUAGAGAAAGAACUGAAAGGCAUCUGAAAAACAUCAAACAAACUGGACUACAGUCUAAAACUAUGCGCUUGAUUGCACAUUUGACACUAUGAAAGAAAUUUAAUGAGAGAAUCAUUCAUUCUACUGCAGCAAAUUGUCUUCAUUUGAUAUCUAUCUGAGCUACAAGGACCAAAUUCAAGUUUUGAUUAAUGGAGAAAGAACUAAACAGGAUCUGAAGAGCAUUGAACAAGCUGGACUACAGUGUAAAAUAAUGUUUAAUUCAGCUUAUUUAACACUAUGUGGGACAAUUUAUAAGAGAAACAUUGCUGCUGCUGAGAAAUCGUCUUUGUCGUCUAUCUGAGCUACAAGAACCACAUUCAGAUGAACUGUCCAAGUCUGGAAAAGCAGCUGAAGAGCAUCAAUCAAGUUUAAGCCCUAAACAACAUUUAGGGCUGUAUUUACAUUUAACCUCCUGGUGGAUAAAAAUAAGAUAAAACACAUGAAGUUAUCCAGAGUUUGGAUAAAUGAGAGAGAGCUUAAAUGCAUCUGAACAGCAUCAACCAAGUUGGAUUAUUGGUUCAUGACUGUAUUUUUAACAAACCAGUGGACUCAAUGAGAGAAAACACAUUCUACUGUUAAAUCCAAGUCCGGAUAAAGGUAAAAGAGCUGUUUGACAGCUUCUUAGGCACUUGAACAGCAGGGACCACAAUCAUCUUAAAUCUGAAGUUUAUCCAGAGCAUAGCUCAAGCUUCAGUAUCUACCAGUGUGUUCCUAAACAUUAUGGCAUGAUCUGACAUGUUUAGCCAAGAAACCGCACAAGAACACCACCACCUCCUCUUCCUCACCUCCCUGGACCACCAUGGCAGACAGAUACCCAUUAGCAGAGAAGGCCCUGUCGGAGGGCUUUGCCCGGCUCCGCUUCAGAGACACCUCACUGCUGAUCUGGCAGCAGCAGCAGCUGGAGCUUGAGAAGGCACCACCAGCCAACUACCUGAGCCGCAGCCAGAGCGCCUGGUACAGCCGUAAUGGCAACCAGGCCGUGGUGGUCCGGGACAGGAAAACACUGAGAGACCCAGAGACUGGCUCCCGAAUUUGUUCUGUUAUGUAACAGUAUUUGCAGAUUAUUUUGUUAUAUUAAUCCUCUUCUGCAGAGGGUGAUCCAUGCUUAUAGGUCUGCUGCUGUGAGACACAGCUGCAAAUCUUAUAUAGAGAUUUUAUUAUGAGGUCAAGAUUAUUUUUGUAGUUUAAUUUUUAUACAUUUAAAUUGGCAGCUAAGCUAUAUUUUACAUUAUGUGAGUUUUAACUGAGCCAAGACAAGCCUAAACCCAUCAUAGCCAGCUCAAGCGAUGGUUUCAUUUGAGUUGAGUUGAUGUUUUAGCUGGUCUACAUGCAUGAUCAAGCUAUAUAACCAGUAUAUAACCAAGCUGGUUAUGCUGUUUAACCUUUGGCUACAAGUGUAGGUGAUCCAAAACCAAAACACCCCUUUUUUGCAGCAAAAUAAGUUUUUAAUUCUCCCACAGGACACUUUUUGAGAAGCUGCCUGUUCACUUUACUCAAUAAGUACAGAUCAGUAACAGGAAUCAACCCACAAAUUCUUCAUGUUUAAAAACAGACAUAUAACUAGACAAAACGUUACAAAACAGAAGCUAGGAAAGUAUUGAUUUUACAAUAAGGUUCAGGAAAGUGCUUUUUUAUUCAGAAUUAUUAAUUUGACAGUUGCAGAUGUACUGCAACUUAAUUAAAAAUAAAUUCUAUUACAACUAAGAUCUUCAGCAAAAUCUAACAUUAAACGCUUUUCGUGUAAUGCUUGACUAUAAGUCCUAAAAAUAUAGGCAUGUAAUAUCAGGCAGAAAACUGAUAAAAUGCCUGGGUGUUAAGGGGUUACCCUGUAUGGUCAAGCUUCGUGAACAAGUUAGCUUACUAAUAGAGUGUACCAUAUUUGUUUUCAUCUGGAUGUCCAGCUGUUCCACUAUUCUGACCAUUAAAAACCAUCCACACUUAGCUACCAGCAUCAGGUGAGCAUAGUUUUCUUAACAAAAAUGGUACAUUUAGAUCUAUAUAUUCUAUAUUUAUGAAUAUUGCAUAUUUAUAAUGUCCAUCAUAUUGAGAUGUAAGCAAAGUCAUUCAGAGUGGUUUGAUGUGAAGUUGGUCUGGUGUUAGAAACCAUGGGUCAUAAUAUCUAAAACACUAAUAUUAUUUAUUCAUAUUUAUAUUAU